AUGGCACCCUCGGGGCACUCGGCCUUCGACUAUUCGGAUGUUCUUGGCCGAUUACAGAGAUUAGAAGAAACUGUUUUCCCCACGCCAGGAAAUAUGCAUGGGGGCGAUUCUGCGAGUCACACUGUACCAAACUACACCUCUUUAAGCUCUCACAAUGCAAACACCGUACCAACCAGUUUCUUAUCCCGCUCAGAGCACAUUGCACAACUAGUGGCGCAACUCCCUCCCCUCGACCAAGCAAGGAAGCUAUUCGACCAUUUCGCCUCAACUCUUCAACCAAGUUUAGGCAUCCUGCACAUCCCCUCAGCCCGGCACAUAUUAGAAGGCACGUAUCGCAUCAUACAUAGACGCCAAGGAGAGAACAAGAUUGAAGACUUGCUCUUGCUAUUUACCAUCUUUGCCGGAGCAACACUAUCCUGGACCAUGCAGCUUCUCCAAGAGUUGAACGCAACCAAGCACAAUGCCAAGUAUGCCUUUGAGACGUACACCCACCUGGCCACGACGAUACUGGAUGAUACAAGUCAGCCUGUGACACCAUCGACAACAGCACUAGCAGCAACAGCAACUCUUGCACAUAUUGUCAUCAACUCGGAUGAACCAUUCCCUGCCAAAGCACUGGCCCUUCGUCUUCGUUGUCAUCUGAUGGCAAAAUCCAUGCUUCUGCAUCGUCUAGACACACCUUCAAGUACUAGGGAGCGCAUACUUGAAGGUGCCAAUGCGAUAGAGGUCGAAAUUCAGCGUCGAGUAUGGUGGAGUAUGGUUGCUUCGGACUGGUUGAGUGCCUUCUCAGGAAGUCCUCAAGAAGGGGUCUACGCAUUUAUUCCAAGGCAAAUGCGAGUCAAUUACCCGAGCAACGUCGAUGACGAAAUGAUGAAGCCGUUUGAUCCAAUCCCCAACUUUCCUUUGUCGACGCCAACUGGAAUGACCUGCUUUCUUCACCGCAUUAAACUAGCUGACCUCUGCCGAGAGAUUGUCGACACCAUACCACCCAUGAUGGACGAAUUCUUAGAGGCCGACUAUGAAGUGAUUCUGGGGUUGGAUAAAAAGCUCAAUGAUUUACUCACAAAUCUCCCCAUCUUCUUUCGACUGGACCCUGAAAGCAUUCGACAGAGCCAGGACAUCUGCAGAGAGCGCCCUUAUAUCACCUGGCAAAGAAUCGUUCUCCAUUUCGGCCUGCAUGCUCGUAUUUGCCGACUUCACCGGUCCUACCACCUUGAAGGCUGGUGGAACCCCAAGUAUGCCUACUCACGCUCCGCAAGUGUACACUCGGCCCAUCAAGUGUUGGAACUUCGACGCAUGAUGGAUGGUCCAACCGCUUCGGGUGGCUUCAGGGCCGAGAGGUUUUGGGUUAUUCUGCAACAUGUCACCAUGGCUGCUGUCACUCUAGGGACAGAUCUAUCCUUCAACCCAGACGCGCCAGAUGCCCAGGCACGGAAGGAAAAGAUCUUGGCGAUAUACAAGACAUUGGAAGGGUCUGAGAAGGACACACAUGGACUGAUGAAAGGAAUCAAGAAGAAGAUGCAGUUGAUCAUGGCCACUCUCCAGCCUCAACAACGACAAACCGAAAGCUUGGCAGUAGAAACCCCUUCGUCGUCGAUGAUACCUGAGUCACGAAACGUGGAACCGGGGGUUGCUCCUGUUUAUCCGUUUGGAAAUGCAGCAACGGGCCAUGCUGAGUCACCUGGAGAAGAGCAGUUGCACCAACUUUGGUCGGACUUCCUGGCUGCGGUGCCUGAUUUGCAGGACUUUGAAUGGACGUCUCUUCUGAACGAUUUGGACAUGGACUUGGAUAAUGAAUUGUACACCAAAGUUGAAGCCAUGUUGCAAAAAACAAAGGCCAUCAUCAUCGGAGCUGGACCUGCUGGUCUGGCAACCGCUCUUCGCCUACAUCAAAAGACAAACAUCUUCUGUACCGUCUACGAGAUUCGACCAGAGCCGACGACUCUAGGUGGCGCCAUUGGAAUCCCACCCAACGGCCUCCGCCUACUGGACCGUUUGGGUGUAUCCGAUGAACUCCACAAAUAUGGCAGCAGCCACUCCAACUUCUCAAUGCACUCCAUCAGUGGCAGUUUACUUGGACAGCAAGAUUUAAUCGGUCCUGCUCGAGAAAUUACUGGAUUUGGCUAUCUGCGCAUCAAGCGGACGGAUCUGCAGAAGGUUAUGACUGACGCUGUCGACAAGGCCAAGAUUCCUAUCCAUUACGACAAACGAAUCACCUCCAUUAAGGAUACAUUAGAUGGUGUUGAAGUUACUUUCUCAGACGGAACUGUUGAUACUGGGGACCUACUACUUGGGUGUGAUGGUAUUCAUUCCGCUGUACGAAAACUCCACGUGGAUCCGGAACAAGCACCCGAGUACACUGGGAUGGCGGGUCUAGGAGCCCUUGUGCCAGCGUCUAACCUCUCCGAGGCGGCAAGAUCGAUCAGAGGGAUGAACAUUACUUUCACUGAAGAAGGUAUGCUGCUUGCCAUGACGUGCACAGCCUCGGAUGACGAGUUUUUCUGGGCUUUUUCCAAGGAGGUUCCCCUGCCUGACUCGGGCGAUGCGAGAGACGGAUGGGAAGUCCGACGGAAGGAAGAAGUAGAUGGCUUCAAAUCAUCUCUUCUAGACACCUUGAAGAACGCGGGAGGAGAAUGGGGAGAUGUCAUGAGGCAGCUUGUCGACAACACAUCCGUCGUCAAGUUCUAUCCCACCUACAAGCUACCUCUUGACAGGCCAUGGAACAAGGGGCGCUGUCUACUCCUUGGAGAUGCCGCGCACGCAAUGCCUCCUCAUGCUGGCCAGGGUGUGUCCAUGGCACUUGAAGAUGUCUUUCUUCUUGGUCGACUGCUCGAAAAUCAGCCUCAGUCGCUACCAGACAUUCUCGAGAAGUUCAGUGAGAUUCGGAGACCCAGAGUGAAUGAAAUGGCCAGCAGGUCUGUUCAGAAUGGAACCAUCAGAAGGAAGACAGGACCUUGGGGUUUGUGGAUGAAGGAGAUGGGCUUGUGGAUGUACAUGCGUGGCUUCUGGGCUUUUGGCAUGAAUCGAUGGGGUUCGGCCACGGAACAGAUGGUGUAUGACAUCGACGAGGUGCCUAUCUAA